AUGGAAGCCACUAUAGAUUUUUCUAAUACCUCAGCAGCCGCAGCAAAGGCCUUAGAUCUUUCAAAUAUCCGGUUUCAGCUAAUCCGUCUGGAGGAUACAAUCACCUUUCAUUUGAUUGAGCGGGUCCAGUUUCCACUCAAUGGUACAAUCUACAAGCCAGGCGCAGUCAGCAUACCGGAUAGCAAUCUUUCGUUCCUCGAUUGGUAUCUCAGCGAGCGAGAGAGAGUCGACUCCUUGGUACGACGAUUCGAAUCUCCAGAUGAAUAUCCAUUUUUUCCUGCCGCUGUUCAAAAACCAAUUUUGAAGCCUUUAAAUUAUCCCAAGAUCCUUCACAAGAACAAUGUCAAUGUGAAUGACAAAAUCAAAAAGAGCUAUAUCGAGCAUUUUCUUCCUGCGGCAUGUGCGGAUCCAGGACGAGAUGAUAAAGGAGAGGCCGAUGAGAACUAUGGUUCCGCAGCUACUGCUGAUGUUGCGUGCUUGCAAGCUCUCUCGCUACGCAUUCAUUUCGGAAAAUGGGUUGCGGAAUCAAAAUUCCGUACAGAGACUGAGCUGUUCACGCGGUUGAUACGAGAAGGAGAUAGAGAAGGUAUUGGUCGCGCAAUAACUAAUGCCGCGGUCGAGAAAAAGGUAUUAGAACGACUGGGACUCAAGGCUAGAACAUAUGGCACGGAUCCCAGUGAUGGUGUCGAAGGGCCAGGAAAGAUUAAUGCGGACGCGGUUGUGGCAAUGUACAAAGAUUUUGUCAUUCCACUGACAAAAGAAGUCGAGGUUGAAUAUUUGAUGCAGAGGUUAGACUCCGAAUAG